UUAGGGCCCGCGGAGUGCAGAAAAUUCUGGUUUUUGAUCGAAUAGAGGUCCGAAGAUGUUUCGAACAGUCUGGCCAACCCAAAAUUGAGCUCAGAAGGGCUCUUCGGAUACGUCUCAAGCUUCGGAGCUCUGGUAGCAUUAACCGAGGUCCUGUAUCGAUGGUUUUGGGAGGCCAAUCAGGGGUAAGGACGAGGGUGGGCGAUCGCCUGGGUUCCUCUAAUUAUUCGUACUCGUACUCGCAGUCUGAUUCCGAAGAUGGCGCUGGUGGCGACGACAGUGAAUCGCCAAUGGAAGAGGACACACCAGCCAAAAAUGGACUUCCAAUGAGAAUCAUAACUUCGGUGGAAGAGACACCUCCAAAGAAGCGGAAAAUCAUAUCGAGUGAGUGUUGGGAAGACAGGAAAAAGUUCUCAAAGCCCUGGUUCAAAAAGCCAGUCGAACCCAGGCCGUUUCCUAAGAAUGGAAAGAACAUCAAAGAUACCAAUAUACAGGCACGUUAUGGGCGUCGUGAUGUCUGGACGGUAGCAGCGGGCCUUCGCGAACUGAUACAAAAUUGUUACGAUGGUACCGUAGAUGGUCCUCUUGGUUGGGUUGCCGUCAAACCAGAUCCUGAUAACCCAGACAAGGACAUCUAUGAUAUAGAGCUAUUCAACUUCACGAGAUCUGAAGUGAAUUCAUUUCAAUGUCUCGGACUGGGCGAGACGACCAAGCGCAACAAUGCCGCCAUGAUUGGAGGGCACGGCGAUGGCUUGAAAAUGGGGCUGAAUGCACUCCUACGGGAUCAAGUAGAGGUCGCCUUUUUCGCAUGGGGAUCUC